UUGCAAAAGACAUUGCUUUAAUUGUGCUUGCGUUUUGCUGUUUUCCUUAGAGCUCUUAGUUACAAGUCGUGUCACCAUGCAGGCUGCAAGGUCAUCGACGCUGAGAGCCCUUCAUUCGGCUGUGUUGCAGCAUCUGCGGGUGCAGCCUGCGCAGAUUGGUUCCACAUGGGGUCUUUUUAGAGCCAUCUCUGCCGAAGCGCACGCACAGGGGACUUGUCUAAGUCGUAGCCAGGUCGCGGAUCGCGUACUCUCAGUCCUGAAGAGCAGCGCCAAGGUUGAUCCUCUGACGGUAUCAGAGACAGCCAGCUUUCAAAACGAUUUGCAACUUGAUACGUUGGAUCAAGUGGAGAUUAUGAUGGCAAUUGAGGACGAAUUUGCGUUGGAGAUACCUGAUGCAGAUGCUGAUAAUAUGAAGUCGACAAAGGAUGUCAUAGAGUAUGUUGUAUCCCACCCGCGAGCUAAGUAGGCUAUAACUUUUUUCUCUUUGUUAUCCUCACAGCAUUGAUAGUGAGGAGGCAAACGGACUUUUUAGUUGCCAGCCUACUUAUGGGUCGAAACAAAUGGCGUCAGCCGGGAUUUGGGGAUUUAUCAUUCUCUUUGACCGUUGUAUUGAAUUUUGAACAUAAGUGCGCGCUCAAUUGAGCGUCACAUUCAAGGUUUCCUCUCAACGUGAGGAUAAUGUUGGAGUGUAAGAA